GCCAAAGUGCAGCCCGGUAACAAAGCCAAGUCAGGCCAAGCUCACCUUUGGCCAUGUGCGGUACGCCAGUUAGUUCGUUACUUUAAGAACUUUAGUGGGCCCACAAAACAAUAUCUUUCGGAGUUUCUUUGUUCACAAGAAGUGUGUACGCUUUCGGAGUCAUGGCUUCACGUUGGAUGCUUAGCGAGACGGGCAGACGAGCAGCUGGCAUAGCUGGUCUCACGGGUGGCUUCAUAGGGGCUUUGGUUGGCCUGCUUCCUCACACUCACCUGCUCGAGCAGUACAAAAGUAUAGUUCAAGCUUACAAGGAUGGCCAACCAAUGCAUUUGGAUCCUGUUGUGCAGAAAAGAGCAGAAGAGGUCCUGCGGUUGGUUGAUCUGGGUAAAAAGGAAAAGAAGUCCGUGCGCUUUUUUCCCGUGCCAAUUUUGGACACCUUCUUCGCCGGCAGCACAACGGCUAAUCAUGGCACAAUCAUUGGCCUGCCCCUUACUUUCAGCUACACAAGGAAGGAAGACGUGCAGACAAAGAGCCUGUUCAUUCACGGUUCCAAAGAGCCGGCCUGGGAGACUAGGGAAGGGGAGGCGCUCAAAAAAUCGCUUGUGCUCAGUGACAAGGCGCAGAAAUUUGUCAUCGCCCGAGAAAUUUACUGGGCAGACACUUACUAUGUCCAGUUACAGACAGCGGCACUUUCGUUUUCUGUCCUCAACUGUUACUUCAUGGGUCGGCUUGCCAAUGACAGGCUCCAUCUGCUGGUCCGUGCGCCUCGUGCCGUGCGAGUGUGCCUGUACGGCUUAAUAGUGGCACUAAAUGCGACUGUGUACAUUUGCUUCAAGGAUGCCAUGAGCCAGUUAUGGGACAGAAAAGCAGACAGGGAGGCAGCAGCCCUGGGAAGAGAUUUUGUGGAGGGUGGAAUUGAAUAUUACGAGAAACUUCUUCAGAGGAACAGGGCCUUGAGGGAAUUGCUGGGGGACGAGGGACGGAAGUGCUACACUUCGAAAGGAAACAUUAACAGGAUACUUCGAACUGACCAUAUCCCAAUCACACACAGAUUAGAUGUGUUAAAAAAUCGGCUGCAGGUGGACAGUAAAGAGGUGGAUAGUAUGAGUGAGUUCAGUGCCUGAUGUUUCGCCGAGCUGAACAUAAGACUGACUUGUGUUGUAGAGGUAUUGCUGAGUCAAUAAAAGACAUAGUGGAAAAA